UUUUUCGUUUAAAGUUAUGUCAUAGAAUACAUUUUGAUAUACUUUUGGGUCCAUCACUCUAAAUGAUGAUUUUAUUAAUUUAUCCUUACAUUUUUUGGGAAACACGCUUGUCUGACUGAGCAUAACUAAUAACAAAAAAGCCAAUUUAUUAUCAGUGAUCUGUGCCACCUGUUUGGAAAAAGUCCUAUGUGUGAGAAUAUAACAAAGCUUUUUCAGCCCAGCAAAUUUACUUUCUGUGAUUGUCUUUCUUCUUCUUCUUCUUCUAAUUCACAGACAAAGUUCAUCAGAAAACCAAUAUUUCUGGUCCUUGAAGAAGCUAUGACAAAAAGCAAAAUUUUAAAUCACUUCACUUUGUUGUUGAUCCUUAUAAUCUACACCUGGUUUCUAAAGGGAGUAACCUCAGAAGAUUACAUAGUUGGUGAUGGUGAUGAAUGGAACAGCCAAGGCAACUUUUUAACUUGGUCAACAAAGUACAACUUCACUGUUGGUGAUGUGCUUGUUUUCAAGUACGUAAAGGGACAACACAAUGCAUAUGAGGUAGAUGAGAAAACGUUUCGAUCAUGUGAUGCGAGCAGCGGCGUGUUGACAAAGUAUGAGAGUGGAAAUGAUAAAGUCAAACUCACUGAAGCCAAGAAGUAUUGGUUUAUAUGUAAUGUAUCAGGCCAUUGCUUUGGUGGGAUGAGAUUUAGCAUUGAUGUUAAACAAGGUAAUAAUCCCUCUUCUGAUGAUACCAAUCCAACCACAGAUGGUUCUCCAACUUCUCAACCUGAUGAGCUGCCAGCAGUUCCACCUUCCAGCUCUAGUAGAAGCACUUUGUCCAGUGAAACUUGGAAAAAUGGGAUUUACACUUUGGUAUUUGUGAUCUUAUUCAAAUUGUUUUAUUAAUGAAAUCAGCAAGUUUUUUUUUUCUUGUAAUUGUUGUGCAUAUAUAGUAACAUUCUUUCAGUUCAUAAAACAACCACUGAUCUUUAGCUUCCCAAGAUUUGUAGACAGUAUGGUGUUGGGGAAGUUAGUGUAUGAUGGCUGAAAGCUAUGUAUUUGGUACAUUUAUACAUACACAACGCACAUAGAACUUUAUUGGUAUGUCUGAAAUAAA